UUUGCGGAGCCAAUGAGCAAAUACUGUCAGCGUCGGUAAACGUUAACACCUCACGGACAACUCUGGAGAACACCAGCCUAACAAAUCAAGCCAGCAGAUCCUUUAAUCCACAACUAGUAGCCAGCACAUCAGCCCUGCCUGCGUCUCAAACAUCCGGCCCUCCGGAGAGGAGCGCGCUCACCUCUUCUCUGACCCCACGGGAUUAUGGGAUACCAGUAUCAGACUCUGUGACCUCAGAUUACACGUAUACACAACAAAAUAUACUUCCUAGUCAUGACUCAUUAUCAAUAUUUUCAUCAUCCGUGCAAAGGACGGAAAUGUCACAGAUGAUCCAGGAUUCAAGUCAUGUGAGUGUUUUUCCAGUUACAUCAUUCGUUGAUGGUGUUGCAUCAUCAACGCCACUGCUUCAGGAUACAUCAACAAUUGUGUCACAGUCUUCUCCUUCCCAUCAUAUCAGUGACAAGGUCACUCAGACCAGACCUUUCUCAACAGAAGAACAUCUCGUGCUAAGUUCUUUCACUGAACAGAUGGUAACCACUGUGCAGCCAGAACGUUUUAAUCAUGUUGUAUCUAGCUCUCAGUUAAUCUCUUCUUCAAAUCCUCUGAAUGUUACACCAAACAUGACACCGUUAAUAACGCCAAUGUCGACCGAAUCUGUGUUCCAGAGUUUACAAUCCUCCUUCCAACCGAGUAUGGUUGCAGUGAUACCGUCUGCUACACCUGAGCAGACGACAGUUUUGUCUCAAAUACAGCAAGCCGUACUCAGUACACAAGAACUGUCCACAGUGACUGGGGACAUGUCGUCAGGCUGGGGUAGGUUUCUGGAUCGUGAAUCAGUCACCCAGAUACAGGCUUCCAGUCAAACAGACACUGUCUCCAGUCAGCCCAUCCCCUUGCUCUCUCCAACCAGUUCUGUGAUACCAGCAUCUAGUUCCGAGGUUGUGACACCACCUGUGUACCUAUCCACCCAAACAGAGGUUCAGGGUCCGGAUGCUUCUUCAAACAUUGUGCGGGCUUCAGAGACAGAAGCAGGAAGUCAGAUGCCGGUGAUGACAACCGAGUCGUCUGCUGUUACUGGUGCUUCAUCCAGAACACAGACGUCCCAGAUUGUACAGGAAUCGGCGUCUGUCUUUACUGAUCCAACCACAGAGUCUGUGUCAGUGUCAGAGUCUGUGUCAACAUCAGUGGCUGUGUCUGGAGUUUUGUCUGUUGAACCAUCUGCUACAAGUCAACCAGGCCUGUUCACUUCAGUCACUUCACAGUCACAAGAAUACACGAGUGACCUUCAAGUCUCUAGUAGUUCAAGCACAGUAGGGGAGACAACUGAGAGACCAACUGUCAGCACAUCAGGGGAGAUAAGUCCUGAAUCUGUUGCUCCGUCUUCAACAACUGUACCCUGGUCUCAGCAAACAACAUCAACAUUUGUCAUGCCUUCCCAAACUGUUUCCUCGACGUCUAGCGCACCGAUGUACUCCAGUUCCAUCAUUCCCUCUGCGAUGCCGGCCACUACCACCAUAAAAUCAACAACCCCAACUUCUAAUCUCAAGGACUGCUACUUUGAACUGACAUUUGAUGUUGACUGCUUCUUAAUCCUCAACAAUUCCUUAGUGAUGGCCGAGUUCGUGGGCUCCCUGGAGAACGUGCUUGUGAUUAACCUCAAUGUGACAAAGAAACAGAUUAAACUGUAUGAUCCACAGUGUGGCUCAGUGAUAAUUCAUGUGGGUCUCAUGCAGGUGCCCCACCUGGCUCUCCGCAACAAGCUUUUCGCUCAGUUCCGACAACGCCAGUUUGAAGUUCCGAUCAUGAUCAACAACCAAUGGCUGAAAUUACCAGGGUUGAAGGUCACUGAAAUUGACCCCCCUGCCUCCACAUUCAGCCCAAUUGACCCGCCCGAUACUGGUUUGGACAAGGUCGACCUCAUCGUGAUCAUCGUGGCUUGUUGUAUCUGUGGGAUUCUCAUCACUAUCGGUGUCAUCCUGUGUGGCAAGGAGUGCUGGAAAAGGAAGUACGCCCAAUCCUUUGACCUUCUUGAGGUGCCCCAUGUGAACCUAAAGCUCGAGGACUUCACCCUCACACGAAUCCCACGCCCAAAGGCUGUAUAUAACGAAGAGGCGGUCACAAUGCAGGGCUAUGUUGAUAACAGCUCGCAGAGGAUUGUCAAAAACUGUGGACACCAAGUUACGAAUGGCAAUGGCGUCCAUUCGAAAGAUAUUCAUGUGAGGAUGAAGCAGAACAGGGAUGGUUUAGUUGUAGGUGUUACAGGCUACACUGCACAGACAAACGGCGUGUCGGACAAAGCCGCCAAGCGGAACAGUUCUGUGUGCAAUGAAGCCUCUCAUCAAGGCGAUCCAGCGACAGAGAACCUGUUGAAAAACACGGACCGAAAUACCGCCAUGGGCGCCACCAAUCCCAUAUUUGUAGAUGAUGAGAAUCUCACAGGAGACCAGACACAGAAAGAAUAAAUACAAACAUAUUUUUACUAUCAUUUUCAGAAAUGAUCUGAGAUUUCAACCAGGGUUAUAAUCAGUGAUUUGUGAACAUAUUGUGAACAAAUAUUCAUGUAAUUUGCUGGCAAAUUUAUUUUGUAUGUCAUUGUUUACAUGAUUAUAUAUGUCUGUAUGUGGCACUGUAUGUAAGUGAUUACAGUUGCUAUAAAUAUGCUUCAUUCCUUCUGGAGAGGCGAAUAUGACAUUUGCUUCUCAACCACUAUUAUUAUUAUAAUUAUUAUGAUUAUAAAGCACAUGUACAUAUUUUUCACAAUGAACAUAAAACAACAGGGAUAUAUCUUGCAUUUCCAACUAAGCACCCAAGGCAGGCAGAUUGAGGAGAAAUGUUUUAAUAGUCCUUGUUUUCUAAAUUCAGAAGUAUUUUAACAUUGAAUUCAAUGCAAUAAUCAAACGUAACCAUGGUAACUAAAUAUUGAAAUACUUUGCUGCUUUUUUUAUAUAUCAGUGAAAUACAUGGAGUCUUUUUGAAGUUCAACCAUUUAUCUUAACCUUGAUUUGGAAAUGUUAAAUUCUAACCUUUUUUUUUGCUUGGAUCAAUGGGGCUGACUAUCCACCUCCAGAUACUGGCUAGAUAAAUCCCUGAACAGUUUUAAAUAGCAACAUGUGUAUUGCCUGCAGUGUAAUGUGUUCACUUCAGGAAUAUUUGAACAUUGAUGAUCUUACUCAUAGACAUGUAGAUAUUGUCAGAUAACUUUUCUCUACAACACGAGUCUGCUUGUUUACUUGUCAACUAGUCAAGGGCCGUUGAAAGGGCUAGCCGUUACUCCCACACUUAAGUAAGUUUACAUGUAUAAGCUACAUACAGUCAAACACUGUUGUGUCAAACUUUGAUGUGUCAAACUAACAGUUGUCUCGAAGUACAAGCUUGGUCCCUGUAUAUUCCAUCUUUAUUCAUCAUUUUUAUUUUAUUGAACCACAGAUAACUCGAAGUAUUUACAUCGGUCUCUUCAACUUCGACACAAUGGUGUUUGACUGUAGAUGGGUAGGUUUGUAGACUGUAUUUAACUCAUAAUUUAUACCCCUGCAUCGUCAAACUGAUUAAGGAAUCUGUGAAUGUUAUGCUUCUCUGGAUUUUGUGUAAUAUUUUCCUUUCACAUAUGUUUAUAUCUAUUAUUCACAACAGGAAGGGAAGAAGCUAUAAAUUGUUACCAUAUUCGACGUAAUAAGCACCCAGGGCGCUCUCAAAAUAAGAAAUAGGGGGCUCUUAUUAGAAUAUUAUUUUGGUGAAAAAGAAACAUAGUUGAAAGAUAAAUUUCGUGGUUUAUGCUGAC